AUGAACACUGCUGGUGGGGUGUGUCUGUCUGUGCUGUCCUCUCUCCUGGCCGUGGCUGGGGCCCUGGCUGCCGUGUCUGCCCUCGCUCUAGCUCCUCUCUCUGCCCUGGCUGAGGCUGCCCAUGGGGCUGCCAAUGGCAUCCCCAGCACCAGGGCAGAGGGGGCCCCCUCACCCAUCUCCGCACCAUGCUCCAGCCUUGUAGCUGGGGUGCUCUAUGGGUCUUUCUCCCUAAGGGAGCUGUUUCCCUCCAGGGCACCGGGCUGUUCUUGGUCCCUGGAAAACCCUGAUCCUACCAAGUACUCCCUCUACCUCCGCUUCACCCGCCACCCUAUCAUUUGUCGGACACACUCCCCCAUGCUCCUCUCUCUUGACCACCACCUGGCCAAUCAAAGCUGUCCCCUUCAUUUACAGUCGGCCGCUGCCAGGGAUCAGGAAGUCAUUGAUCUCUGUGGAAGCCAAUCCUACUCAGAUGGACCUUACUCCUUCCUACAGUUUGAUAAGAACUUUGUCCAACUAUGUCUAACUAGACAUCCAGCUGCUGAUGAGCCUCAGCUAACCAAGGAAUUGCUGGAGCUGAGGCUGGUAGAGGUGUUACUCAUUAAUAAUGAGAACUCCAGUCAGUUUACCUGUGGUGUGCUCUGCCGAUGGUUCGAGGAGUGUUUACGCACAGGACACAAUGGAGAUCAGGGGUUUUCUGAUGGGGAUGGUUGCGGGAUGACCCAGACAGGAUGUAUCUGUCCAAACCACAACAUCAUGGCACCACCUAUUCCGUUGCUCCCGGAGACACCCCAUAGCUUCAGCAACGGUUCCCUGGUUCCUGAUGACUGCUGUGUCACUGAGCUGCAUUCCAAUGAUGCAAUUGCCGUAGCACCCAGAGAUGUCCGACAAGAUCCAUAUGAUGAUGAUCUGAAGGUGAAGACCCAAAGACCACGAUCAGCUGACCAGCCAGGUGUGUUUCAGGCACAAACAGGUGACCCUGCGGCAGAGGAGUGGUCACAGUGGAGUGUGUGUUCACUCACAUGUGGCCAGGGCUGGCAAGUGAGGACGCGAUCAUGUGUUUCUUCUCCCUAUGGGACACUGUGCAGCGGCGCCCUGAGGGAAACACGCAUGUGCAACAACACUGCUUCCUGUCCAGGUGAACCUGGGAUCACAGGCUCAGUGCAUGGGCUGUGGGAGGAGUGGUCAUCAUGGAGUCUGUGCUCUGUGACCUGUGGGCGGGGCUCCAGGACGCGAACCAGGAAGUGUGUUAACGGAGGCGCGGCCGUGGCUUGCGGACGGCCCGAGAUUCAGACCAAACUCUGCAACAUAGCAGUGUGUCCUGUGGAAGGCCAGUGGUUGGAGUGGGGGCCGUGGUCAAGAUGCAGUGUGACUUGUAACACGGGAACCCAGCAGAGGCAGAGACGCUGCAGUGCGUCGGUACACGGCUGGGCUGAAUGUAAGGGCCCCCAUCAGGAGAGCAGAGAAUGCGCCAACCCUUCAUGCGGUGGGGGAGGUAACUGGGGCAGCUGGAACCACUGGAGUCUCUGCAGCAAGACAUGUGACUCCGGUUGGCAGCGUCGCUUCAGGAUGUGUGAGGGCACUGGUGUACAGGGCUACCCCUGUGAUGGCUCAGGAGAGGAGGUCCGGUCCUGUAAUGAGAAGAAGUGUCCUGCUCCUCAUGAGAUAUGUAAAGAUGAGCACCUUCUCUCUAUGUCAUGGAAGAGAGCCUCAGCUGGAGAAAUUGUCUACAACAAGUGUCCAACAAAUGCCACUGGAUCUGCUAGUCGUCGUUGCAUGCUGGACAAUAAUGGAGUUGCUUUCUGGGGUCCUCCGAGCUUCGCCAGAUGCGUCUCACUUGAAUAUAGAUAUUUACAUUUAUCUUUACGAGAGCAUCUCGCGAAGGGUCAGAGGACCCUGGCUGGGGAGGGCAUGUCUCAGAUCGUAAGGAGUCUCCUGGAGCUCUUGCAGAGGAGGAGCUACUACAGUGGCGACCUUCUCUUUUCCACGGAGAUCCUGCGAAAUGUGACGGACACCUUCAAAAGAGCAACCUACAUCCCAGCUCCCGACGACGUGCAGAAAUUCUUCCAGAUAGUCAGUCACAUGUUGGACAUGGAAAACCUAGACAAAUGGGAGGACGCUCACCAGGUCGCUCCCGGUGCCGCCUUGCUGAUGAGGAUAUUAGAGGAUUUCAUUCACCUCAUCGGAGAAGCCCAGAAGCCUUUUCAGAGUUUUCUGGUGGUUACAAACAACCUCAUGAUAACCAUCCAACGAGAGCCGGUGUCAGCAGUUUCCAGUGAUAUCAACUUCCCCAUGAAGGGCCGGAGAGGAAUGAAGGACUGGGCCAGAACAGCAGAGGACAAGCUCUACAUUCCUAAAGAGGUCUUCACCAUCCCUACAGAAGACUCAGAGACGGAUUCCGAGUCUACAAUGUACUAUGUCAUUGGAGCCAUCUUGUACCGGACGUUGGGCGUCAUCUUACCUGUGCCAAAUCCCCCUGCGGUGAUCAACUCCAAGAUCCUGACAGUGACAGUGCGACCGGAACCGCAACCCAGAGAGCCCAUGGUGGUGGUGGAGCUGUCACCACUUUUGAAUGGUACAUCAGAUCCUCAGUGCGUUGUCUGGGACUAUGGCAACCCGGAAGCUGGCGCAGAAAACUGGGGCACAGAAGGCUGCCAAACGCUCGCGUCAACCACUGUCCAUACCAAAUGCCUGUGCAGCAGGAUAUCCACCUACGCCGUGUUAGCGCAGCAAGCUAAAGACCCGGACAUGGGUCCCACCAGCAUGCCCUCUGUGCCCCUCAUGGUGGGCUGUGGGGUUUCCUGCACCGCUCUGCUCAUCCUGCUGCUAAUCUACGCUGCCUUCUGGAGGUAUAUCCGUUCAGAGAGAUCGAUCAUUUUGGUGAAUUUUUGCCUCUCUAUCCUGGCCUCCAAUUUAUUGAUUUUGGUUGGACAAUCUCAAACUCUUAGCAAGGGCCUCUGUACUGUUACUGCUGCCUUCCUGCAUUUCUUCUUCUUGGCUUCCUUCUGCUGGGUGCUGACAGAGGCAUGGCAGUCCUACCUGGCUGUCAUUGGCAAAAUGAGGUCACGACUCAUUCGCAAGCGUUUUCUGUGCCUCGGCUGGGGUCUUCCAGCCCUUGUUGUAGCAGUGUCAGUGGGUUUCACGAGAGCACGAGGUUACGGCACAGCCAGCUAUUGCUGGUUGUCCUUGGAGGGUGGUCUGCUUUAUGCCUUUGUUGGGCCUGCUGCUGUCAUUGUAUUGGUGAAUAUGCUCAUUGGAAUUGUGGUGUUUAACAAACUCAUGUCUCGAGACGGCAUCUCAGACAAGUCUAAAAAGCAGCGAGCUGGGGCUUCUCUUUGGAGCUCCUGUGUGGUACUUCCUCUGUUAGCAUUAACCUGGAUGUCAGCAGUGCUGGCCAUAACCGACCGACGCUCCACACUCUUCCAGGUCCUUUUUGCUGUCUUUGACUCUGUCCAAGGUUUUGUCAUCAUCACGGUCCACUGUGCAAUGCGCCGAGAGGUGCAGGAUGCAGUGCGCUGUCGGAUGGGGGGAUGUAAAGACGACAGCGAAAACUCACCAGACUCCUGCAAGAAUGGACAGGUGCAGAUCAUGAAAUGUCCAAAUGUGAGCUACUGUGGGCAGCAGUGUGGUUCUCUACGUUACGGCACAUCUCCGUGCCUCUCGGGUUGCCACCCGCAGCCGCUCCCGCCGUCGUGCCACCAGGCAUGCCAGCAUGGCUGUUACCACAGUCUGCCCCGCAGCAACCACACGCCCGGCUUAGACUACCCCCACGCCCUUACCCACGUACAUGAGCAUAACCCCAUCCUGAACAAUACCCACAACCACGCUCGUAACCAUAACCAUCCCCGCAACCACAUCGGCAGCCAACCAACGGAUUUUGAGAAGGAUGUGGACUUGGCAUGUCAAACGGAGAGAGGACACCCAUUCAUUUUCAAGGAGGUCAACACCUGUAACCCGGCCACCAUCACUGGGACCCUUUCCCGCAUCUCCCUGGAUGAUGAGGACGAUCCCAAGCUGGCAGCCCAUCAGGAAGGGGGAGUCGGUGUCAACUUCAGCUCCCUCCCUGGAAACAUUCCCCCUCCCAAUCUCAUUGUGCAAGUUCCACCCCUAGGAGGCCUCAAUGAGCUGAGUGAGACGCCCCUAAAGAAGGAAGUGAAUGUGGAUCAGCAGAGGCAGCAGGGGCAGCAGCGCAGCGGCGCUCCAAUCUACCUGUGCACUGAGAGUGGCCUGGGCUGGGCAAGGCCGCCUGCUUCCUCCAACAAUUCCCAGGAUGGAAGUGCCGGAAGCGGAGGGAGUGGAGGAGGAGGGAGUGGAAGUGGCGGAGGAGGGGAGGGAGACUACAUGGUCUUACCCCGUAGGACGGUUAGUCUCAAACCUCCAGCGCCCUCCUCCCAAGGAGGCCUGGGGCUGGGGGGUGAGGACAAGCCUCUCAACAUCGUGGUGGAGGAUCCUCCCUUCCCCCCACCUCCCUCUCCCCUGACCCUCCACCCAGCUGAGAGUGAGGCCUACCCAGCAGAUUUUGUGCCGUCCAGUGUGGGCGACAUGAACAUCACCAUGAACCUGAACCGGUCCUAUGGGACGAUCAAAACCAUGCCUCACGGGCAUGCCCACAUGAUGGCUCAGGGCGGUCUUGUACACUCCCACGGAGGACACAUGCACUCCCAUGGGCAUUCGCUCCAGCUGAAGCCAGGCCAGAGGCCGUCGGUCCGACAGAUUCUGACAGGGGGAACUACAGUGGAGAGAACCAGAACCCUGCCACGCAACCUGGGCAGCACCAAUGCCAACACCAGCCUCUCAGCAGGAUCCCUGGAGAGGAAAAGAGUACGGUACUCUGAGCUGGACUUCGAGAAAGUGAUGCACACUCGCAAAAGACAUUCUGAGCUGUACCAUGAGCUCAACCACUCGUCCAAGUUCCACACCAUAGACAGGUAUAGCAGGGACGCAGCCAUGUCCACAUUCAAGUUUGAAUGUAGCCAGACAGUAAGCAGAACCAUGGGCAUCCAAGUCAACAAAGGACAAGUCAACCCCGGAGGACCAGAGCUCCUGGGACAGCUUUAAGACCAUGACCCCUGAGCUGUCCAUUGUGCCUGGGGAGCAGAAGGACCGGAUGGAGCUGCACAACAAGAACUGGGACUCCUCCUC